GCAAAUAGACCAAAUGUAAUAGGGAAGUUCUGCACCACACGUAGGAAAAAAAAGUUUUGAACCCUUAAACUUUAAUUUUGGUAGCUUUUAAAUCUCCUGCAGAAUUAUUGAACUAGAAUUUUUCCUCGCACAGACCAAUAAUUUGGUACACAGAGGACAUGACACGCAUGAUCAUGGCAAUUAUAGAAAGAACAUAUAGAGACUAAUUCUAGGGUUUUUCCCAAGACGGUCAGCGUUCAAGCAUUCCGCCUGACUGACUGAUACGAUGGCCUUGGAGGCAGACAGCGACAGAGGUUCAUCAAGAAGCGCUCAUGAAAAAUAUCCCCGGGCAGCGUUGGAGCGCAACGGCUACGUGAAGACAUGUGUCACCCCGCUGCACCAGGACGCAGGGAGCCAGUCGUGGCUGAGAGUCGCCGUGACAUGGACUCACCGAGGAGUGUCGUCUGCUGUCUGCGUUGCAUCCAUCACCGUUAUUCUCUCUCUGCUGCUCAGAUUGGUCGACGGGGAUGCAGGCAGCAGCAGCAGCAGCAGCAGCGGAAAUAGCUCCGGUUCUAGUCUUCAUUUCUCGGCGGGCUGCGCUGUGGAGUUGCUUUUCACUGCAUGUUACUGCGUCUCCCCAGUUUUUACUCUCGUAUGUGCCUUCUUCUGGGUCGGGCUUUAUCUGAUCCGCUGCGGGGUGCUCGUCCGGACCGCGGUGUUUCUGUUAGCGCUGUGCCACUUGGGCGAAGCCGCGGCGCAGUCGCUCCUGCGCGGCGCCGAGGAGCAGCUGCUCUCGCUCCCCGCGACCCUGGUAGUCCUAGGCUGCGUGGGCAGCGGGGCUCUGCUGGUCGUUCGACUGCGCCAGGGAGUGUCCAUCCUCGUCUUCAUCAGCGUCAUCAGGGCCGUCUCCAUCGUCUCUCUGGGCAGGGUCCGGGCCAGCUGGAGACCCUACCUGGCCUACCUGCUGGGGCUGCUGGGGGUUUUGCUUGCGAGGUAUGCUGACCGGCUCCUGCCGGCCUCAGGGACCAGCGGGACGGGGUGCUGUGGCUCUGUGACCGGGGCGAAGGAGGAGGACAUCCCUGUCUUCAAAAGGAGACGGAGGUCCAGCUCCAUAGCGGCCUCGGAAAUGAUGGCUCAUAGUCAGAGCAACAGCAAGUCCCACCGCAGGACUUCGCUGCCGUGCAUUCCGCGGGACCAGAUGAUGUACCAGCAAGAAUGGGACUACAAGAGAGCUCUGAGCAGAUCCCAGGUCAGUGCAAUCAUUUGUUCCUCUGGCACCAGUGUGAUCGUGGACAUUGCGGUGAUGGGUGAGGCCCACGGCUUGAUCUCAGACCUGCUGGCCGACCCCUCACUGCCCCCGAACACCUGCACGUCUCUGAAGGCCGUCAGCAACCUCCUCAGCACCCAGAUCAGCCUCCAACCGCUCCACCGGCCACGCCUUCCUGCAGACACACACACCUGCUCUGACUCAGAGGAGGGGCCGGAGAAAGCAGAGAGACUGGCCAUACCAAAGCGGCUAAGGCGGAGUCUGCCGCCGGGAUUGCUUCGGAGAAUAUCUUCAACUUGGACCACGACCACCUCAGCUACAGGGCUGCCAACCAUCGAGCCCGGGCCUGUACGUAGGGACCGCUCGGCCAGCAUCAAACACACCACAGAGAGUGAAACAUGGAAAAACUCGAUGAUGAUGACAAUCUCAAAGACUCGCUCCAUGUCUGCCUCCUAUGCUGCCUCCGUCACCUCCAACCACAUCUACAGCAAACCACUGGGAAGACCAGGUUUCCCCCCCUCCAACGUGUCACCUCUGGGCUCUCCGUGCCCGUCCCCGCCAGCACAGGGGACUCCGGUUUCCAGCCCCACCGCAAAGUCGUGUUCCGUGCAGCUUCCUGAGCCCGUGGGGCCCCUGAUAGAGCGGACCCCUGGCCCUGUGGUCCCCAAGAGUCACCAUAGAGCUUUAACUCACAGCCAGAGUGCCCCCAGCUCUACCACCCCUCACUGGCGGCCUCCUUCACUUUGUGGCAGCUGCGGCAGACCGUUCAACAACCGGCUAAAUCACGGGGUAGAAUCUGUGGACAAAGGAGACAGAAUACCCCAUCCAGAUGAGCGCGCUGUAGCAUCUUCAGACUAUGACAGCACCUAUGACAGCACUUACGAGACCAACCACAGUGACAGCAGCGACUUUGCACAGAAUGAGGAGGAGGGAGAGGGAGGCAAGAAGCCCCCUGAAGCGAGGGAAGGAUGCAGGGACUAUCUGUCCGAGGGCAUCGUUCUUCACCCACUCCUGCCAUCACCAGAGGACAAACCAGUCUUGGUGCUGGAGCCUCUGAUGAGGCUCGAUCUGGAGCCUCUCAUGAGUCAACUCAACAAUUGGAACUUUCCCAUUUUCAGUCUCGUAGAAAAAACACAUGGCAAGACAGGCUGCAUCCUCAGUCAGGUUUCCUAUCGGCUCUUUGAAGACACGGGUCUGUUUGAAACAUUCAGAAUUCCUGUACAAGAGUUCAUGAACUACUUCCAGGCUUUGGAGAACGGGUACAGGGUCAUCCCUUAUCACAACCGGAUCCACGCCACUGAUGUGCUGCAUGCUGUCUGGUACCUCACCACUCAGCCUGUGCCCGGCCUGCCCACCCUGCCAACUGAGAAUGGGAUACACACUGACUCAGAGAAUGGCGUAUCCCCUGGUGCCACAGGCUUCCUACUGUCUAAGAUGAACUCUGUGCAGAAUGAAGGCAGUGGCUCACUGGCAGGCCUCAUCCCGGGCCUGGAGCUCAUGGCCCUGUAUGUAGCUGCUGCCAUGCACGAUUAUGACCAUCCUGGAAGAACCAACGCCUUCCUAGUAGCUACAAGUGCACCACAGGCUCUUCUGUACAAUGACCGUUCAGUUUUGGAAAAUCAUCAUGCAGCCGCAGCGUGGAACCUCUUCAUGUCUCGACCCGAGUACAACUUCCUAGUUAACCUCGAACACGUUGAGUUCAAGCGCUUCCGCUUCCUCGUCAUUGAAGCCAUCCUGGCCACGGACCUCAAAAAACACUUUGACUUCCUCGCAGAGUUUAAUGCAAAGGUGGGUGAUGAAGGAGUGUCAGGGAUUGAUUGGACCAACGAAAACGAUCGGAUGCUGGUGUGUCAAAUGUGCAUCAAGCUGGCCGAUGUCAAUGGACCGCUGAAGUGUAAGGAGCUGCACCUGCAGUGGACCGAGGGGAUCGUCAACGAGUUCUACGAACAAGGUGACGAAGAGGCUAGUCUUGACCUUCCCAUCAGCCCAUUCAUGGACCGGUCUGCUCCGCAGCUCGCAAAACUGCAGGAGUCGUUCAUCACUCACAUAGUGGGACCUCUGUGCUCUUCCUACGACUCUGCUGCUCUCAUGCCGGGACGCUGGGUGGACCAACCUGAGGGAGAGAUGGAGCUAGAGGAGGUGAAGGAAGGGCAAGAAAUAGAGGAAGAAGAGGAGGAAGUGGCAGAUGAGGACGCAUCAACAAGUUCUGAAACCUCCCAGCGGCAAGAAACAAUACAGGUGAGCAGAAGAAAAGUGUUUUGCCAGAUCACACAGCAUCUUCUGGAAAACCAUGAAAUGUGGAAGAGGGUCAUAGCUGCAGAAACCGAGGAGGCAGAGACAGAGGAGAACUGCAUCAGCAGCACGACUGAUCCAAUCACAGCCAUUCAUGAGGAAGAGGAAGAGCAAGCAAGCAAAGAGGAGGAGUCACCUGAAGGCUUUGACGACAGGGAAGAAGUGCCGACUGGAGAGGACGAAGAAAUCCCUCUGCAAUCAGAGACUUCAGGGGAUAUAGAAGGGGAACCAGAGUGAUAUUAUGAACCUUCUCUUCAACCAGUAUUCUGUACGUUGUCUAAAAAUGUUGCUUUUCUAACUAAACUCUUGAUAUGGUAGCCAGCACAUCACUUUGACACAACACUGUAGACGAUGUUUUGGGUAAUAUGUGCCUAACAAAACCUGGGUUUGAGGACAGGGAUGAUGCAUGCCCAGUUCAUCUGACAAGGAGAGAAAGUAGAGAUGAGCAGAUGAUGAAGUGACUGCGAAAGAAUAAGAAAAAAAGUGAGUGAUUGGGACUGUACUCGUUUAUUUGUUGUUGUGUUGGUUUCAGUCUGGAUCUGGUGCCCUGCCCUCUCCAGGCUGCCCGUGCUGCACUAUGGGCCAACCUCGCUUCAUUCACAGAUUCACUCCACCAGUGAGUAAUACACUGUCACGAGGCCCAAUGCCCCCACCUUUUUUUCGUUACUCCCAUGCUGUCAGCGCACUGUGGAGACACCCAGCUGGUUAAGGAUGCGCAACAAGCCCCUUUUCCUUGAAGACAAUGGGAUGAAAGCCAGGGAAAAAGCUGUGUCCACUGAGGCUCAGCCAUGUGGAUUUCACAGGGAGAGGGAAAAAGGGCCAGUUGUUGUACAUUGUGUAUACAGACAUGCACCCACACAAGCUUCACACACAAACACACAGUCUACUACAGUACAGUAGAGACACAUUCCAUUUUCAGAACAGAUAGGAAGUUAAACAAAGAACCCUGUUGCUCUAAAAGCUUAAUUCUCGCUCAAGGAAAAACAUACAAUACAAGGUUUUGUUCAUGUCAAACAAUGUCUAACUUUAGUUGCAUAUUUUCUCUUAGUCUUUUGUAACUAGAAUCCAGUCCAGCACACCUACACGUUUCCAGGCCACACAACUCAGGAAGGUACAAAACUGUAGAAAAAAGGGGAACAAAACAGACUUGCAGGGUCCUUGUCCCUUUACUCGACGCUUGAUCUUGUGUCUGUGCUGUUCAAGACAGUAUUGACUUAAUGACAUCCACAGAGACAUGUGGUUCUGUGUGAAGGGAAACUCACGUGAAACAAUUUUAUUGAUGACACUAUACUGUAUACCACAAUUUUGUAUGGUUUUGUCUCACUCAGUUGCUAUAACCAAGAGUAGCGUUUAUUCCAGGAAGAAAACAACUUGCAAGACACAAAACUUGGUAAUAAGGUGAUGUGUUUUGUUAAGUUAAUAUCGCUUGUCUACACAUUCUAUGUAACCUCCCAGCUUGCUCGCUAAUUUUUUUUAACUGUAAUGAAGUUGCUUUUUUUUUUUCUUUUAUGCGUUUUAAAUAAUGACCUGGUAUGUAGGCCACAUGUUUCAAAAAGUAAUCCAGUAAGCCAUAGUGGCUCGGGCCAGUGCUGACUCACAGCUCACGAUCCCCCAAGAGGAUUUACAUCAAUGCAACAUUUUAAAGUGCCCACUUCCACCUCCAGAUCCAAAUGAAAUCAAAUAGAAUCUAAUUUGUUGCAUAAAAAUGUAGAACAAUUUAUUAGAAACUAAAAACAUUUUUGAGCCAUGGAACCUAACUUGUGUUUGAAAAACACCGAAAAACAUCAGAAAUGUAUAAUGAGAACUUAUAUAUGGGGUUACCUAUGGGGGGGGGGGGAUGUGAGGAGAAAGAAUGGGGGAUGACAUGCACCAAACAGCAUCAGGAUCGGGAGUCAGACCCGUGACCAGUAGCCUCUGUACAUGAGGCGCCUGCUCUACCGACUGAGCUAAAGCAGCGCCUCAAUUAGUCAGAUUUAGAGUUAAUCAAGUGCAAGCCUCAUAAUCUUAAAUUCUGCUGUCUGUAAUCCUCUGUGACACUGUCCGAAUUUUUUCUUUUUCUUGAAUUCACUGUAGUAAAUCCUCAAUUCCGAGCAAAUAAAAUAGGCAGAAUGAUUUUUACAAAAGUAAAACAAAAUCCCUGUUGAAAGUUCUAUUUAAAUCUUAUUCCAUGGAAAGGAGACUCAUGGCCAAUGAUUUUUUUUUUCCUCCAUUAGUAGUUCUUACUAAUAAUCUAGCGUACAGCUAACAGGUAGUGUCGUUUCUCUCCUUUGAUGUCCGCCUAGAUUUAGAUGGGUGGUAAUGAAGGGAAGCGUGAACAAGCAGAGCAGUUGUCGUAAUGAGGCUUAGUAAUGAAAGAAGAAGGAGGAGAGCGAAAAGCCUUUUAGCUCGACUUGAAGCUGCAUAUGAAAGGUCAGAGAGGUCUCAUAUCUUUUUCCCAGAUUUCUGCAGAUUCCUCUAGAGGUAUCCCUUUGAAGAUGAGCCAUGUUCGGUCCGAUUCAAAAUCAUAUGAUGGUCUACGUUCAUGAGUACUAAAGGGAUAUGCAGUACAGUGUAUUUGAUCUGACAAUGGAGGAGCAACAAGGUGCUCGGGGGAAUUUCAUUCAGAGAUUUAACAAUGUUUUUGUCUCCACUUACUGAUCUGUAGCAGGUUCUUUGUGCCCAACAGCAUAGUGAACAUGGGCACAUUUUUUGUACAACCAAAAACAUCUUUUUUGAGUCUUGUCAGCACUACUUGUAAGGGGGUACUUAGGAAAGGUCUGCAGCAUGUUUGGAAUGAUACACUUUACUGUCUCUGAAGUGGAAAUGUAUCAUCUGUUACAUUAUGGUUGCACUAUCACUCAACAGAUCAGCUGAGGGAAACUUGAUCUGACAAGAAAGGCCUAGAAGUGUUGGGGUUUAUCAAGUCACCUUUAAGAUUGAGAAACAAAAUAGAAAUCAGACAAAUUUCACGUGACUUCCUGGGACAGGGUUGAUCUCUAUCUCUAAUUUAACCUAUGCUGGGACAAAAAAAAACUUUUCAGGGAGGGUAACUGCCAACUGACAAGAAAACAGCAAUCAAAAUGAGAGUAAAAUAGAAGAACAAACAUCCACUAAUGACCCUAAACACAUUAUGCAACCCGUCCAAUUGGCACAAUUAACAAACGCUGGAUGAAAACAGACUAAGCAAUCUAUUUAACAGGCUUGUUUUCAGACACAAAGUUUUUAGUGGCAGAACUUGCCCUACUGUGACCCAAUUUUCUCAACUCAAUUAGAGUUUUGAUAACCCUAAUGCUGUCUAAAUCCUACGCUGUAUCCAUUGCACUGUUAUCAAAAUGCCCAUUGUGCAAAGGAGGGCUGAACUGUGCAGCGCUGAUUGCUUAUUCCCUGUGCUUACAAAAGGGUGCAGCGGUUGUUUUUACUGCUAUGAAUAAGAAUGCCUGUGCUAACCAAACUCUGAGCUUAUUGUUCAUGUUCAGUUCAAGCUGAGAGCUCUUAAUAGGUGUUCAAAGUCUGAUAUUUUUAUUGGAAUUGGAUUUUGCUUCAUAAUCUGUAAUGCAACGUAAUGUUUAAGUAACAUGAUUCAAUGGAAGAGGGGUGGAGGGGGGGGUUACAUAGAAAUAGAAAAAAAGGAAAGGGGGAGAGCGAUAUCUGACCCCAGAAACAAUGUGUGUCUUACCUUUCAACACAAAUGGCAGCAGUUUGUUUGUAUCGAACUCUGCAAGGCAGUUCGAUUUACAUGAGACCUGCUCGACCAAAUGUCUUCCAACAGCCUCUCCUUGCACUGGCUUGGCAUGGCUGCCUGUAGCAUUUAACCAUGGAUCUGUAAACACCAGCUCCUAAACAACUGAUCCACACAUCCGUCGGUCAUGUUGGGCAUUGACUGGGGACUUUAAGUCGAGAAUUUUUUGAAGCUUUUGUUCAGCGACGUAGCUUUCAAAUCAGGGUUAUUCUAAAAGUAACCGUGACUGUAAUCAAGCCUCCUCUAAACAGCAGUUAGUCGAGCACACGUGAAUGAGCUUGUGCUCCAUGCACUGUAAAUACAGUAUAUCCCUGCCUCACAUCAAAUCUAAACGUGCAUACUAAUGCAACUGAUUCUUUCUUUAAUAUCUCACACUUGUAAUAUCCCAUUCUUCUCCUCUUAUCUCUGGAAUAAUUUCUUGCUUGAAUCGGGCAGAAUUGAUGCUUCCCAUGUCUAAACUCCCCUGCCUCACUAACUGUGAUCUCUACAGUGCACCAAUCAAAAGGACGUUAUCAAGGCUGUGAUGUUGUAAGCAGUCCAAAACGUUCCGGCUUCUGUGCGUUUGUUCAACCUGUAGGGGUUUUCAGUAUGACAAAUGAAAUUGGUCCUCUGGACAAGUUUCCGCCGUCAGACUUUACAUAACCAGGUUUCAGUAUUUCCGUAAAAUUAAAGGACCAUUACAGCAUUUUUGCGAGAUUUUUCUUCUCAAUUACGCAUCAUUUUGUCCGUAAUGAAUAAUGUAGGCUUUUCAGUUAAGGACUUUUUUAGAUAGUUGUUUUCUGCCCAAGAUACACCAUUUGUUUCUGCUAUUCUUCUUCACUAUAAAGCAACUAUUUGUACAUAUAUUAGAUCAUCAAAGUUCACAUAAAUCUGCGUUUUUUUAUCUGCGUUGCAUGAAUUGGGUGAAGGUUAAUUUAAAAACGGCACUGCAUCACUUUACAACAUCACUGCUACCUGCUACAAUUAAGGCCGAUCUUAUUGGUUGGGUGGUAUACACAACUCAAAUCAAUACCAAGAGGUUGCAUAGAUUUGUUAUUGUGUGUGUAAAUUAGUGACAACCAAUGCAAGACUGGAGAGUUAAUAAGCCACAUUGAUAUUAGUGAAACAAACAACAAUGUUUUGCAACAUGGUCACUCUUAAUUUAUUUGACUGAUUCAUAAAAGUGGUGUGAGAAAAUCGGAAAAACUUCUUGUAUUAUCCCCUAACUUUAACUUAGUUUAAGUUUGACUUUUUUUCAGAGCCAUUUAUUUUACCUUUGACUUGCAACAUCAGGGAGUAGACAGAUGUUUUAGUUGUUGCACCUGUAACCACGCCCAUCAGUGAUGUCACUGUGUACAGACACAUCAUAGAGUACACUUGUACAUAACUGAAGCCAGAGGAGAAGUCAAACCAUGGGAGGUAUGCAAAGAAAUAAAAGUAUUUUCAGAGGGGUUAAGAUUAUAGUAUUGACCUUUUAUAGUUGCAGGUAGUAUCUACUAUCUGCCUGCUCUCAAUGACAGGAAUCUUUUUGACAAAAUGUUUUAUCAUCCUGAUGUAAGGGUAAUAAUUCUUGGCCACCAAAGCAUCGAAGCUCAGUUAUUUUUCCAUUUUGUUCUGAGUCCACAUCGACAAUCUCAUGGCUGCUAAUCUUGUUUUACAAUAUCUUUGUGUAAAAAAAAUAAAAUCAGGCACGAAACAACUCAAGUACAGGGUCUACAACUUAAUCAUGCCGGUUUAACCAAGCGAGUUUCUGUGUUUUUUUCCAGUGGUUUUAAAGUAAGGGAUUGUUGCACACUGGUUUAACUUGUGCAAACCAAAGAAACUUUUUUUUUCAUUUUUGUUGUGAUUUGCACAAAAAAUGAUCCCUAAAAUUAGCAUGUUUCUUGUUAUUGAGAUUCCAUGAGGAUGUCUGGAUAUGCACAUACUUUGUAGCAUUUCUUGUGUGAAUACAGGGUGGAUUAAAGCAACAUCAAAAAUCUGUUAGCAUUCAUCUACCAGACGAAAAGGGAGUUUCUCACAUCUUAAGUGUCUGUUUUUAUUUCAAUGCCUUGUCAAUAGGCCACAGUAGCACUACAAUAGAGCUGUUCUGUUCUCAGACUGAAGCCCUUGUACUUUCUUUUGAUGGUUUAAACCAAAAACAUUCCUUUUUUGUAUUGUUUGUUGUUACAGCCGUUCUAAAAGGUAGGCUAUGCUCCUGUGCCAUACCAUUUUCACAUGUAUGUAUGUAUACUGUACAUUGUUUGAACGCUAUAGGCAUCAGCUUUUCUUCUUCUUCACAAGGGAAACCAAAACAAACACGUUUUUUUUUUCCACCACCUUAAAAGCAAGAAAAACAAAGCUGGUAUGUUUUUGUCUACUAUAGCAGAUGCUACACAGACUCCAUUCUUUUCUCCUCUCCAGUAUCUUGCACUUAACACAUGUAGCAAUACCUACAGGAUGGAGAAAUCGUGUGACUCACCAGUAUUUGUUCAAGUGGAAUAUGACAUUUUAUUUCUAGAUAUUGUUUGACUUUGUAUAAAAAAAAUAUAUACUGUACAGAUUCUAGAGUAUAUUAUGACAAAAAAAAAAAACUUUUAGAAAAAUAUUUAUUUUUACUGUUUUGUAAUUUAGACACAAUACUGUAGCUCCUUUAUUGCCAGACUUACUGGAAGUGCCUCUCAAUAAUGUAUUACAAAGUAACUAUACAAUAUAUUGGGAUUAUUAAAAACAUGUCACUAGCAGAGCAGUGUUGAUGUUGUAAUGUGAAUAUUGUUGAAUAAUAAGAUUUAUUAAUGCUGCAAAUGUGUCCUGUCUUGUUCUGUGGCCAUCUUUCACACUAAUCUUGGGAGAUUUCUUUCGGUUGUUAUCCUAGACAAUUUGUCAUUUCUAGUGUCAGAUUUUGGCUAAUUUAGUUGGGGUCAGACAGUAUGUGGGCAUAUGCUUUGAAAUAAAUAAUGCUGUUUGAUGCUUUA